GUACGGAAGUCAGAGGAGGGUCGGGCACGGACCAGACUUGACGUGAGGCGCUGGACCUCAGCGGCGAUCAGGAGACACCAGCCUCCUAAAGCCGUCCCUAGCCCGAGCCCAGCGUUCCUAAGCCUGUGCCCGCGGGACAGCGCCGAGCCACCUACGGUUAGGCGUUCGAGGCGAGCCCGCGCGCCCUGACAGCGGGGCCGGGAGGUCUCGCGAGAUCCGUGCACCGCACGAGCCGGACCGGCGUCUUGGGAGCGGCUGAGGUGGGAGUAGCGGGAUGGACGAAGAUCUGGUGGUCGCGCUGCGGCUGCAGGAGGAGUGGGACGUGCAGGUGGCGCGGCGCGCGGCGGCGCGGGAGCCCGUGUCGUUGGUGGACGCGUCCUGGGAGCUGGUGGACCCCACCCCGGACCUGCAGGCGCUCUUCCUACAGUUUAACGAUCGCUUCUUCUGGGGUCAGCUGGAGGCGGUGGAGGUGAAGUGGAGUGUGCGCAUGACACUGUGUGCUGGGAUCUGCACCUAUGAAGGGAGAGGGGGCAUGUGCUCCAUCCGGCUCAGCGAGCCCCUCUUAAAACUGAGACCGCGAAAGGACCUUGUAGAGACUCUUUUGCAUGAAAUGAUACACGCCUACUUAUUUGUCACUAAUAAUGAUAAAGACCGGGAAGGACACGGCCCAGAGUUCUGUAAACACAUGCAUCGAAUCAACCAACUGACAGGAGCCAACAUAACGGUCUACCACACUUUCCAUGAUGAGGUGGAUGAGUACCGCCGUCACUGGUGGCGCUGCAAUGGACCCUGCCAGCACAAACAGCCCUACUACGGCUAUGUGAAGCGCGCCACCAACAGGGCCCCCUCUGCUCAUGACUACUGGUGGGCCGAUCACCAGAAAACGUGUGGAGGCACUUACAUAAAAAUCAAGGAGCCAGAGAACUAUGCAAAGAAAGGCAGAGGAAAGACAAAAGCGGGCAAGCAGCCAGCCUCGGGAGCGGAGAAUAAAGACAAGCUGUGCGGAGGGGAGGCCCAGCCGCUCAUCCCAUUCAGUGGAAAAGGGUAUGUUCUCGGAGACACAAGCACUUGCCCUUCCGCUGGGAAGCUGAACACCUCACACGUGAUUAAUGAAGCCAAAGGUCUCUCAAGUCAAGACCAUUCAGCGAGUGGCCUGAGGCUCAAUUCCAACAUUGAGGUGAAAUCUGAACAGAAUGAUCUCCCAAAGAAACCUCAUCUUGUCACCCCUCUUCCCACUGCUAGUCACCAAAGUGUCCUGAGCAGCUACUUUCCCAGAGUCUCUGUUGCCAACCAAAAGGCUUUCCGAAAUGUAAAUGGAUCCCCGGUAAAGAGCGGGACCACUGGGGAUGGCACCAAGCAUUCUGCCUCAGCAGGCUCUCAGAGAAAGGUUCCACCUUCCAGGGCAUCCCUGAGAAAUGCCUCCAAAGUCACGGCACCAGCAUCAGCAACCGUGACAUCUGCAGCUGGAACAUCUGCCACCAUAUCCCCAGAGGAGAAUGGGUCUGAAGACCAAUUCCUGAACAAGCGACCCAGGUUAGAGGACAGGACUGCUUCAGAUAAUAUCAAGGAACACACACAGAGCAGUGGUGACCUUCAAAAUCAAAAUAGCUCACGGCCCACAGCCGCCAGCACUCCUCGGAGCACAGGCAGCUCGUGCCAUCAGCGACGGCUGGUGAACUGUCCAGUGUGUCAGGGUGUGGUUUUGGAGUCGCAGAUUAAUGAGCACUUGGACCGCUGCCUGGAAGGCAACAAAACCAACCUGCGGCCUCGAAGAGUGUGAGAUGGAGUGGGUCCCACACCACCUGUUUGGCUCGAGGUGGUGUCACCUGUCAGGUGAAGGACCUGUAGGUUACAGUCUGACUUACUGCACCAGCACGGUGUUGUAUUAUAUACACUCAGUGAGCAACUGUAGUUUAAGUCUGUGUCUCUAUCCAGGGGUAUGCCUGUAAUACCAGAUGCUCAAGAAGAUGAGUCUGGAGCAUCACUCCAGCCUGUGACCCUGGGUAAGGUAGGGAGCCUCUGUCUCAGGAGCUUAUCGUGUCAGUGUGCUGGGUUUACCCAUUCCUUACCAGGACACGGGUUCCGUAUGUUCUGUGUUCGUGUGUGGCUUUCUGUACUUUGGGGUUUUUUGGUUUGGUUUGGUUUGGUUUGUGCAUGAAGGUUUUAGAGUACUUAAUAUUUUUAUUUCUAUAUUCUCAAGAUAGUAUUAUCAAAGACAGUCUUAUGAGGAGUCCAGACAGCUGAAUACUUCUAAUGUUAAACCCCGUUCUCUAAGCUGAUGUUAAUCUUUCUGAGAGCUGAUGCUUUGUUCAGAUAGUAUGAAAUAGUAGUUGUCCUGAAAGUACUCAGUGUUCUUUCUUUUUAAAUCCUUACAGCGGAUAAGCUUUCUAUAUUUUAAAAGAUUUUACUUUCUACAUAAAGGUGGUAGCAAAUUUUAAGAGUUCUAUCUUCUUAGUAAUUUAUAUUUUAAAUAUAUGUAUAUUUAUGUAUAUAAUUUGUCCUACUUUUACUAAAAAGUGGCAGCAGAUUUUAAAAAGACUUGUAUAUUUAAAAGAAUUUUUCUAGCUCAUGACAACUUACGUUUAAAAUCCCAGUACUUGGGAGGCUGAGGCAGGGAGAUGGCUUUGGGUUGGAAGCCAGCCUGGCCUUAAACGCCAGUGUGGGCUAUGCUGAGACCAGGUCUCAAAAAAAGUUUUUUGUUUGUUUUCAAAAAGUUUUUUGUUUGGGCUUUUUUUUCUUUUUCUUUCUUUCUCAGUCCCAUCUUUACUUACCAAGCAGUGGUUGCAGAAUUGAGAGUAAGUGGGCACCGCAUGUGCAGCACAGGUGUUCUGGAACGUUAAAGCGGUUUCUCGGUUCUGCAGGCUGGAUUUGAUGGGGACUGAAGUGAAUGGUUUAAACUUGGUGCUAAAACGUAACUGAUGGAUCAUCUCACAGGGCUGCCCGAUUCCUUGGAGAGCAGAAAAUGCCUGGGCAGCACUGUGAGUUCUACGUCAAAGUACGAGCGAAAGAUGAUCAUCUAAGUGCUGGCAGGUAGAGGGACAGACACCAAGCUGUUUGUUUUGUCUAAUGUCAAUCCCUCCACCGUGCCGACUUUGCUAUGGGGUGCACAAAUCUUCUGAGUGUUGGGGUGAACCUGGUUUGUCUGGCGUUCCCCUGUAUACCUUCCUCCAUUACCUCCCCCAGGGCUCCUUGGGGAGUCCUGCUGUAAUUGUCCCUUCACAGGCCCUACCUUUUCUGUCCCCAAAGGUCAGUUUGUUACCAGAGAGUGUGAAGGUAGUGUCUUUGUUACUGUGUAGGCAUAGAAUUUAAAGAUAACUAAAAGUUUCCUUCCUCACCCCAGUAUUACUGAAGGAUUGGAAGUGUCCCACUGUAGGGCUGAGCAAUGCUGACGACACCCACUCAGGAGUGAACUGUCACAGGUGUCUGUGACCAGCUGAGUCCUCUUCUCCCAGCAGUUUGCCACUGUUGGCCUCUCAGCAUUCCUGACAGGAUCUUUAGCCAGUAGGAUUGGAUAACAAGUUUUAAUAUUUAUUAAAGUAUGAAGUUAAAUAGUAUUUAAUGUUUAUAAGUAAAUAGCUAUUAAAGUUUUUUGUUUGGAUAUAUGCCAUAUUUUCACCAAUUUAACAGGUUAUAGACAAUUAAAUAUUUUUGUGCCAAACUACAUAAGUUCUAGGGCUGUGAAGUAAAUUAAGUGUUAGUUCCUGCCUUUCAGGAGCUACAUCCUCAGUGAGAGAAACAUGCAGUCUAAUAUCAGUGCCUUAUGAUGGUGCUGGGUCAGGGUUUCACUCUAGCACGGUUUUUUUAGUGAGUUGAGUUAGCUUGUUAAGGAAGGGGAAGGGCCUCAGGCAGGGCACAACCUGUGGAAACACAAGAUGUUGAGCUGGAUGGAAUGUGAGAUCUGGGGAGACUGCAGGAGGGAGGGAGGGAGAGUGUAGACAGACAGGCCUGGCCAGGCAAAGCGUGGGACUGCACCUGCAGUGGCUUCCAACCACCUGUGUAUGCAGUGACGGAGAGGACAAACUGGGGGUGCACUCAGCACCACCAGCUUCUGAGUGGUGAGAAGGCUGGAGAGUGGGAAAGUAAGGAGCCCGUACUUGUUAGAGAAGAUCUGCCCCUAAGAGUAGUUAUCCUGUUUAUCUGUCAUUUUACCAGUGAAAUGUGGGUUUUGUUUGAAUUCUCCCUUUGGAAGCAAUUUCUAACCUCACAGUGGAGCUCAAGUUGGUUCAGCUCCAUACUUUAGGGCCACAGUUGUAGGUCCUGUUUCUAUAGAAUUUGUGCUUACAUACCAGUUCUACGAUGGUCAAAAGCAAUGUGAGAAACCUUUGUUUGGCGUUGACCAGCUGAGCACACAUCCUAACUGGGGUCUCUGAGGUAAAUGGAAAAAACACUAAAGCCUCAUUUCGUCUUGUUCCAAAGCUCUAAGAUUGUAUUUUUUCAAAGCUUUACAGAUUUUAAAAAUAAACAAUGUUUUAUGUAAAGUG